GAAAAUACUCUUUUCACGGUGACUGACUGCCGUUGGUUAACCGAGAUAGGGAGAGCGUUGGGCUGGGGUCCGACGUUACUGUGUUUCCUUGUUCUGUUGGGUUCUCUCGUUAUAGCCAAUGAGGGCAACAAGUCGGGUGUUUACUUCCGGAAAGCCUCUAGGCGUUUCAUCCUGCUGUCGUUACACAAGUCCAUUGACUAGCCAAGUCAGUCGUCCUUGUCGGCCCUAGCUCCACAAUGCUUCAUCAUGAAAUAGGAUAUAAACCCUGAGAUUUUACCAUCAACGGGUCUCUUCUCACAGAGUGGAAGCAAGCACAGCAUUCAGCAAGCGCCGCCAUCACAAGAACAAAUUGUAGGAAAGAGAAAGAUACUGCUAGGUAUCACUCCACCACAGUCAAGCCACGGCAAUUUCUCUCCCUCCUUGACACGUUUGCUAUACGCAAUGCUUCCUCUCAACAACAUCAUUCUUCAAAGUCACGUCCCCCUCCGUCUGCAGCAGCUGGAUCUGCUAGCUCCGAGCGCUGGUCCGCUCUCGAUUCCAUCCGCAGUCGGCGAAGGCAUUCGGAAGGCUCCAGGACUGCCUGGUAUCCGCUGUUCGACAUGUGCCGCCAACGGCGAGGUUGUUUGGGUUAUCCCAGGCCGUGCUUGUGGCUUCUGCCGCACUCCGGCCAUGCGGGAUUGACAGAUACCAGGUCAUGAGAAAGGACACUUUUGGGGAGGAGCAUGGAUAGACGACACUCGCUUUAUAGACACUCGCUUCGUAGAAGGGACAAGACAGCAGCGGCGGCAUCGGGAGGAGGAGUUCAAUAUGUUUGUUUGUUUGUUUCGGAGUUUUUGGAAUGGGUUAAAGGAAAACUGCUUCAUCACGGUCGUUCAAAAGUUUCAAGACGGAAUCCUACCUAGUAUAACAUGGUAUAUCUUUUCGUGGCGGCCUCUGUUGUCUGCUGCCUGUCGUGCAACACUCCUUGACAUCCUGCCUUCCCUGCACCCACCAGUUCGACAGGCGGACAAGUCGGUGUCACCUCAUCUUGAUUCCAUGUUAUCACA